AUGGAAACAGAAAUCGGAACUGAGAAACCUGAGAGCGCUGAAAGAAUCCUUCGUUCGCAGAGCAAUCAGAGUAUGAGGUGGAAAGGUUCCUCUCAGUUCAGCCUGGCACCUGUGGAUCCCCCCUCUCUCUCUCUCUCCCUCUCUCUAUCUCCCUCUCUCUAUCUCUCUCUUCCUGUCUUUACUUGCAACAUGAAUCUGCUGCUCAUCGUUUUGCUUUGCAUCCUGCUCAAACUUCUCACCAUCACCUGUCAGGACAUGAUGCAGGGACGGAUAAUAGGCGGCUACGCCUCCGCGCCCUACUCCAUCAGAUACAUGGUGUCUAUCCAGACCAUCGUAGGACAGCACUUCUGCGGCGGCACGUUGAUAAACAAGUACUGGGUGCUCACGGCAGCACACUGCAAUGUAGGUGCUGCGAACAUGAGGAUCGUGACUGGGGAUUAUUCUGUAAGUGUGUACGAAGGCACAGAACAGUACCGCUCGCCACAGGUUCUAGUACCUCACCCAGAGUACAACAAAACCACAAACGACGCAGACAUCAUGCUCAUUAAGAUGCAGACACCAGUGAUUGUGAAUAACUUUGUGUCCCCUGCACCACUACCUCGACAGGAGGACACCAUAGCAGAAGGUCAUGUGUGUCGUGUAUCUGGUUGGGGAUUCACUAACCCCACAGGGGGAAUCCCUACAACUCUUCACACCGCCAUAGUGCCCAUUGUCUCCAGCGCCCAGUGCAACAGCUCAGACUCCUACAACGGCAACAUCACAGAAAACAUGAUCUGUGCUGGCUAUGCUGAAGGAGGAACCGAUGCUUGUAGUGGUGACUCUGGCGGGCCGCUGGUGUGCGAAGGACGUGUCUAUGGGAUUGUGUCUUGGGGCAACAGUUGUGCAGAUCCUCAGUAUCCUGGAGUUUAUGUUGCCGUGUCAAAGUUUCGCAAAUGGAUAGACAACACUGUAUUUGGCUUUUAUGGGAAAUGCAGCAAGAACUAG